GCCUAUGGAGGCCAUCUUCGGGAAAAGUACACGCUAUAUAAACUCCGCCAGAUUUAUUGAGCACAGCUGACACCAUGGCUGGAUUUGAGGAAGUAGGUAUUGCUGGGAGCGUUCACCUCCGUGAGGCCCUGACCAAUUGCACAGAUCCCCUCCAGGCCAUCGAGGACUUCCAGUCAGAAAAUGGCAUCCUUCUCCCAACCCUCCAACCAGCCCUCCCUCUCCUGGAUCUCCACAUGAUCCAACGAUUUGCGUUUCACCAUUCCAUCAUGGAAGAGCUCCGGGAGAAGCUCAUGUCCAGGGCGCAGGAGCUUGCCAAAAGUGACACCAAAGGGCGCUUCAAGACUAUUGAGGAUCUCCUCUCAAAGUGCUUUCCUCUGAUCAGGGUCAAGAGUAUCCAACCAGUGGUGAUGUCCGUCAUGAAAUGUCUUCCAAAGAUUCCUGAGAAGUACCUGACUGUUCUUGUGGAGGAUAGGAGUCUGUACGAUGUGGCCUCCAUAGAGGUCAAACAGCAGAUAUGGCAGCGGAAUCCAUCGCUCUUUGGUGACGAGGUCUCACCACUCCUAACAGACUACAUCAAGAAUAAAGAGUCUGUGCUGUUUGGUAGUGAGGCAGUCAACUCCCAGAUGUUCUUUCUUGUGUCACCAAAGAUGAGACGGCAGGGCCACGUGGUCCAGAAACUCACAGGAAUGGUAGGGAAGAGCGUAAAGCUCUUUGACAUGGUGCUACAGUUUUUACGAACACUCUUCCUCAGCACAAGGAACAUGCAUUACUGCACGCUGAGAGCAGAACUUCUGAUGUCCCUGCAUGAUCUGGAGAUCCAUGAGAUUUGUACAGAGGAUCCGUGCCAUAAGUUUACCUGGACACUUGAUGCGUGUGUAAGGGACAAGCAGGUGGACGAUAAGAAGGCAAAGGAGCUGCAAGGGUUUUUGGAUGGUGUGCGAAGGGGACAAGAACAAGUUCUAGGUGAUUUAUCCAUGAUCCUGUGUGACCCAUUUGCUGUACACACCCUAGCAACCAGUGUCAUCCGACACAUGACCAGCCUUAUCAACCAAGACAAGCUUCCAAGGGACAGUCCAGAUCUAACAUCCCUUCUUCGUAUGCUCUCCCUUGGACUUGGUGCCUGGGAUAUGCUGGACAGCCAACGGUUUAGAGAGCCUAAAUUGGAAAAUGAUCUCAUCCUGAAGUUCUUGCCCGCUCUCUUGUCCCUCCUCGUUGAUGAUCAAAUGAGAAUUGUCAACCGCCGUCUCAACGACACCGGCGACGAUUCCGACCUGAAGACCCUUCCUGCAUUCCUUCUCAAGUACAUUCGACGAAACAAGAUCGGCGCAACGCUCAUCCUGUACUAUGUCUUACAUGUGACCAGUAAACGAAACAAAGAUGCCCUCGCAAGGGCCCUCCCAAACAUUGUCAAGAUGGAGGGUGACUUAUCGUUCAACGAUAUCUUCCUGCAUCCAUUUGUUGCCCAGUUGUCUGUUCUAAUUGAUGACUUUUCUUCGGACUCCUUCUGUGAGAUCAUCUUUGAUGGGUUUCUACUGCAUGGUGUGUCCAGAGAGAAUGUAGCAAGGCAUUCCCUCAGGCUGAUGGAGUUUGUCUUUCACAAGCUGCCGGCAGCUAAGCUCUCCAAACUCCAGAAUGCCCUUGAACCUAAGCCAGAGCACAGCCAAGCGGUUCGUGAUCUGUACAGCUCGGUGAUGGAGAAGAUUAACUCUCACACUCCCAGUCCAAUCAAAGUCCCUGAACCUAUUGACUCGCCCCUGAUGAGCGUUCCGACACCUGCGCCCUUAUGAGCAGCUGACAAUGGCGCUAUGAUGAUGAAUUGAAAUGUGCACCAUCUCCGCUGGAAGAACUUGUGUUAUAAUUGCUUCAAUACGAUAUGCCCUGAGGGGUAUAGAGGGCUAGCGAUGUAAUUUCUUCAGUGCAUCUGUUGAGAAAGAAGAGAAAGAUUGUCCACACGGAGCCAGUUGAUGCUAUGUUAGGUAGGGUGGCAUGACAAUACUUCAAGCUAUAAACCAUUUCAUUGCAAAAAGAGCAUGUGUAUCUGCAUCAACAAGUAUGAUCCCUGCUAGUAGAGUGGUAGUAUACCAUCAUGCAGUAGAAGCAAGCAAUGUAAUUUCUUUUUCAUGUGAAAGAAGAGAGGAUUUGUCCACACGGAGCAAGUCAGUGCUGUGAUAGGCAAGAUGACUUUCCUCCAAGCAGUACCCCAUUUCAUAGCAAAAAGAACUUAUGCAGCUGCUUCAAUAAUAUUACUCCAGAUAGUAGAGGUAUAUCCUCCCAUCUUGCAAUAGGAGAAUUGCUGAUGAUGUUGUAUCUUCAUUGCAUUUCUUGAGUAAGAAUAGGGACAUUGUCCACACUAAAUCAGUUGGAUCAUAGGCCAUCCUGUUAAAGGCAGGAUGAACUUAACCGGUUAACUACUCAAAUAUCUCAUUCCCUAAUACAGGAACAACCUGGUUCUGGUGGGCAAUAGGUCACCAUACUUCAAGCUCUGGCUUCUUCUAUUUUCUAUUUAACAACUUAACAAUGUCAUAAUUGUUAUAGGGACACACAGAUCAAUUCGGAAUGUGUGUCAGAUGAAAGUGCUUGAAUAAUUGUGUUCCGUCAUUGUCUCAUUACAGCAUAAUUAAGAUGAUCUCCUUCCAACUUGCUGUCUUAGGCCAAAUUUCUUGAUGUAGUAUGAUUGUGGUGGUAAUUGAUAACGUUUUUGCUCUAUUGCUUUAAUGUCAAUCAUGUACAGUAGCAUUCAAUGCAUCUGUAUUAAAGGUACUAUGUCCAAUUUGCAGGCCCCCAAAAAUAGAAAGGUUAAAUUCCAAUGGCAUUUGAAAGACUAUACUAAAGUAAUAUAGAACUUCCCUCCAAACGAAGGGGCUGGAAAAUGGCUUUUAGUGAGAAAUUAACGACCAUUAGUUGUCAAAUCGACUUAAGUGAUUUGCAAUCACCUAAGUAAUAGUCUAAUUUUCAGACCGAAUGGUCGUACGUUUUGUGCUGCACAGCAUCUAUACCCUGGAAAAGAAAAGUGAGGACUUUGUAUUAACUUGGUGGUUUUGACACUUGCUGGCAAGUGUAAUUGUUUAAAACUAAGUCAUAUAAUUCAAUGAGAAAUCAAUGUUGGGAUAAAAAGAAGUCUUGAACUUGGCACAAAACUUGGCGAUGUGCUUUAAACUGUUCACUUAAUAGUGCCCUUAUACUGUUAGAGGGGCCAGCAAACUUUGCAAACAAUGCUAAAAUGUUUGUCGAAUACUGCUGGCAUGAUUACAUUGUGAAAAAAACUGGAAAGAUUGGUUAUAUAAUAGUAUAGAGGAAUUAGAGUACACUGAGUGGUUUUGGAAUAAUGAAAAUGAAAAAAACAUUUACCUAAUUUACAGCACACACAGAAAAUGGGACUACACACAUAUGGCAUGAAAGUUAGGUCUAAACUUUACAGCUAUCUCUCAUUUCAAAUAUGAAGGCAUCUGAAACAUUUCGACUAUGAUAAUCUUCCAAACUGACAUAAGUUUCGUACUGUGCCUAGCAUAAGGACGCAAACACAAUUUUGGUCUUGCUUUUCAAUGUUUUCCAUUUUGCAAUGGUAGGGUAAAGGAAAGACACAUACAGAGAAGUGAUUAUACAACUGUUAACAAUUUAGACGAUUUAUGAACCGAGAUGUAGUCAAGUACAAAACCAAAAAAAAUUAAAAUGCUUUUUUGAAAAAUAAUACACCUCUGCUGGCAUUGCAUCAGUUUGGGUCCUUCUGCUGCGCACAUAACUUGAAGCCACUUUGGAGACUACUAUCUCUGCAUGGGCAGAUAUUGGUCAUUGGUAUAAAAAUGGAAAACCCAUUGAGACAACUGCUGGAUAUGUGAAGUACUAAAUUUGUAUGAAAGUUAUGUAAUCAUUAUUCUUGAAUGAAUUGGCCAUACAUCCUAUGAUACACAGGGGGAGUACUCUUUUCAUAAGGGCAAACAAAAGAUGUUUGUGAAGGACCUCUAUCACUUUGGCAGUGAUUAUUCUAAAAGGCACAAAUGGACGUCUCCAUGUUUUAAAAGAUCUGUGGAUAUUUUUAUUGGUGGUGGUUUUACAAGUACUAUCUCCAAAAUUGCUUAAAAAUUAUAGCAAGGGGAAGAGGAGAAGGCUGUAAGGGGGGUGGGGAUAAUGACCCUUCUGGAAAGAAUUUUUUUUUUUAAAGGAUAUCUUUAUUUUAAUUGAGAGACAAUCAUUUAAAGGUUUAUACCAAAUGUUGGAAUUUCUCCCCUCCCCAUGAAUCAUGUGGCUAAUUGAUGUUGGCAGGCAGGUUUAGAAUGAGCGGCUGUAUUUUAUUGCUAAUCUAAUACUUGAUUAUUUAGAAUGUUAUGUUGUCUAUUUUGUGUGUAACAUCAUCUGCAAGUCGUAGACUUCAGCGUUCUGUUUUCUUUUAUUGCUAAAACCACCUUGAUAAAUAAAGAAAUAUAACUGCUA